CGACACAACGGACAUCUGUGGGCGGUCGUUGGUCAACGACAUCCUCGAACAAUCAGGAAAAGGAUGUUGCUGCUGUUAUGGAGGGAUGAAAGAGGUUUUUUCGGAAGAUCGGUGUUGAGAAGAUCAUGGCAAUUUGCACGGACUCCUUCUCAAGCUCCGGCAACAAGAGUGCGGCAACCAUGUUGAGGGAGGAUCCAAAGUUCCAGCAGAUCUACUGGAUCCCAUGCACUGCACAUUGCAUGGACUUUUUCAUGCAGGAUGUGGGCGAUCAGCCGUGGGCAACAGACGCAAUCAAGAAAGCGAAUAAGGUAGUCAAGUUCUUUAGGAACCACAGACGGCCACGAUCUGCAUUGCGCACGGAGCUCACAAAGCAAAAGGGCAAGAAAGUCAAAGUUCUCCUUCGGCGUGCGCAGACGAGAUUCAACACCCACUAUGUGAUGCUGGAUCGACUUAUCACGUGCGAAAAAGUUGUUCGCUGCGUGGUGCUGGUGGACUCGUGGACAGACAUUGCGAGCCAACCGUACUUGAGGAGGGAUGCUGCAGAGGUGGAGAACCUCGUCACUGACAAAGCCUUCUGGGCUGAGAUAAGGAAGUUGCAUGCAGUGUUGGCGGAGCCGUACAAAGUGCUUAGAAUGGUUGACAAGGACAUCCACUGCCUGUCCCGUGUGUAUGAUGCACUUGUGGCACUGAAGAACUGCGUACGCGGUGUCGCGCUCACAAAUAUUGAGAGAGAGAAGAUCCUGACCGAUGUCGCGAAGAGGACGGAUAUGUUGUUGAGCCCUAUACAUGCUGUGGCACGACUGCUGGACCCUCGACUGAGGGAUAUCAGCGUCUUCAGCAACGAGGAACUCAUCACGCAGUUCGACAAUGUGGUGAACUGCCUUGUUGCCAAGAAAGGGACACAUAAGUUCAACGACUGCACAUACCAGUUGUUGAAGAGCAUGGGGGAGGACGGUCCGACAGUGAAAGGAGGGUGGUUGGGACUGCAGUGUGAUUGGGAGGACGAGGAUCUGGACGGCGAGGCGGCUGGUGAGGUUGACGUGGACGACAAUGCCGUUGUCGGGUGUGAGGCUGCCGGAUCUGAGAGAGGCAGCACCACCAUCAUCGCCACUACUCGUGUUUUAAGGAACGAGGAGGAGGAGGAGGAGGAGGAGGAGGAGGAGGAGGCGGAGGAGUAGUAGUAGGAGGAGGACGAUGAUGAAUUUCCUUGUGAGGAGUGGCAGGACGAGC